GGAGGAGAAACCAUAAAUGAGUGUGGUCCUCACCCAACAUGCUGAAGAACGCCCCGAGACUUUCUGCUACCAGGUGAAUGGGUCUUGCCCCAGGACAGUCCAUCCCCUGGGCGUCCAGCUGGCCAUCUACCUGUCCUGUGCAGCAGGCGUGCUGAUUACAGUCCUAGGAAAUUUGUUUGUGGUGUUCACUGUGUCCUACUUCAAAGCGCUUCACACUCCCACCAACUUCUUGCUGCUUUCCCUGGCGCUGGCUGACAUGUUUCUGGGUCUGCUGGUCCUGCCCCUCAGUACCAUCCGCUCCGUGGAGAGCUGCUGGUUCUUUGGAGACUCUCUCUGCCGCCUGCAUACCUAUCUGGACACCCUCUUCUGCCUCACCUCCAUCUUGCAUCUCUGUUUCAUUUCCAUUGACCGCCACUGUGCUAUCUGUGAGCCCCUGCUCUACCCCUCUAAGUUCACGGUCAGGGUGGCCCUCAGGUACAUCCUGGCAGGCUGGGGGGUGCCAGCAGCUUACACUGCCUUCUUGCUCUACACAGACGUGGCAGAGAGAGGGCUCCACCUGUGGCUGGAAGAGAUGCCUUGUGUGGGCAGUUGCCAGCUGCUGUUCAAUAAGUUUUGGGGCUGGCUAAACUUCCCUGUGUUCUUUUUCCCCUGCCUCAUCAUGAUCAGCUUAUAUGUGAAGAUCUUUGUGGUUGCAACCAAGCAGGCUAAGCAGAUCAACAACUUAAGCAAAAGCCUGGCUGGACCUGCCAAACGUGAAAGAAAAGCUGCCAAGACCCUGGGCAUCGCCGUGGGUGUGUACCUCUUGUGCUGGCUUCCCUUCACCAUUGACACGAUGGUUGACAGCCUCCUUAACUUCAUCACGCCACCGCUAGUCUUUGACACGUUUAUCUGGCUUGCUUACUUCAACUCGGCCUGCAACCCCAUCAUCUAUGUCUUUUCCUACCGGUGGUUCAGGAAGGCGCUGAAACUUCUCCUGAGUCGGGAGAUCUUCUCACCACGGACUUCCACAAUUGAUUUGUACCAAGAUUGA